UUCAGAUAUGACCAGGGAAAGCUUAUUGAUCAGGAAAAAAAAAUUUUCAGUAUAUUUGUGUUGACACAAGCAAUUUGUACAAAGGAUUAUGGGAAGACGAAAAAAAUAUUAUUAUCUAGCAGUGAUAUCUGUAUUGUUUGUUUUCUCAAUGUGCACACUGCAUAACCAGCUACAACUAUACAAGAACUCUGUAGAAAUCCAAAAUGAGGCUGGUUACUUUGAAUACAAACUUGUUCAAUCAGAUUCUAGACAUUUGCAGAUGGAUUCAGUUUUGGAAGAAAGAUCAAAUUUAUCUAAAACUAUUAUUUAUAAAGAUCACAUUUUUAACCAUAAAGGGAAUGGUUCUUCUUGCUUUCUAAGUCCAGAAACGAAGGAGCUUAAGUUUCAAACAGUAGCAGAAGAUAUAUUUUAUGUAUAUUCAGCCUAUUUGGAUCGAAGACUAGCUGACCAUUACAUAAGGAUUAUGUCAUUAUUGAAUAAAGACUUUAACAAAAUUUUAGAUAUUGUCUGCUAUUUAAGGGGAGAUAAUAACGAAUAUUAUCCAGUAACUGCCACUAAAUAUGUUUUAGCUGAAAAUCACCAUAAACAAUACGGUGGCUGGGUGAUGUCCUGCCCUAUACCGGACAAUUUCAAUCCGUGUCAGGUGACUGUUAGUGCAAAGGUCAAAACAGAAAAUUAUACCGAACCGAUUCAUAUAAAUAACAUAACAAUGAAUUUAAUUGAUAUAAAUCCUGCUGAUGCUAGAUUUGACUAUUCUGUAUGUGUUCCUCCUUUAUACGGAGAUUUCCUACCUCAUAAGCUGAUAGAAUUUAUGGAAUUUACUAAAUAUUUUGGUGCUGAAAAGUUUAUAAUUUACUAUCAUGAUAUUCAAAACAAACAAAGUAGAAAAGCUUUUGACUAUUAUUCAAACCAAAUAACUGCUAUUCAAUGGAAGUUACCGAGAGAAAUUGAUCUACAAUUGAUAAAGAAUCAUGGUCAGCCUCUAGCUCACAUGGAUUGUCUCUAUCGUGCCAUGAGUAUCACUGAUAAGUUAGUUAUCCAAGAUAUCGAUGAAUUAAUUGUUCCCCAUGACAAGAACUUAUUUUGGAAAGAAACGCUUUCACCUUUAUUUAACAAAACUGUGAUAGGAAUCGGAAUCCAGAGUGCAUUUUUCUACAAUUGCACGUCACAAGGUGAUGUUGUUACACUGGGUUGCACGACUCGAACCCAAAUGUACUGCAGUUCACGAACAAAAGUGAUAGUCAAGCCAUCUGCUGUGUUUGAAGUUGGAAUUCAUCAUGUGAGCAAGCCUAUAUUGGAAGAAUACAGAGUUAUUGUUCCUGAUCCAUGGAUUGUUUUACUUCAUCACUAUCGAAGAUGUAAAAAAACCUUUGGAAUGAAUUGUAAUAAUUGGGUAAAGGAUGAAACCAUGAUACAAAAAUAUAGUGCUGUGAAAAAUAGAAUAUUACAAGUUAAACACAAACUAUAGUGCUGUGAAAAAUAGAAUAUUACAAGUUAAACACAAAAUAUAAUGCUGGGAAAAAUAGAAUAUUACUAGUUAAACACAAAAUAUAAUGCUGGGAAAAAUAGAAUAUUACAAGUUAAACACAAAAUAUAGUGCUGUGAAAAAUAGAAUAUUACAAGUUAAACACAAACUAUAGUGCUGUGAAAAAUCGAAUGUUACAAGUUAAACACAAAAUAAAGUGCUGUCAAAAAUAGAAUAUUACUAGUAGUUAAUCACAAAAUAAAGUGCUGUCAAAAAUAGAAUAUUUCUAGUUAUUUAACACAAAAUUUAAUUAAAUAUUUCAAUUCUACAGUUAUAUCAUUAAUUCUCUUAUAUUUAUUAUAAGUCAAUUAGAUUUGUCUGGAAAUGGUCAAAUAACCUUUAAUAAGAAUGAGGAUAUAUUUGCUUAUUUUAUAUGCUGUUAUUUCAUUUCAGUAAAAUUAUCAACAAUCAGCAAUAUUUUCCAUGAUUGUUUAUUUUUUAGUACAUGCAGCAGUUUCCAGCCAAUGUUCUUUACUUAGAACGGUCAGUUGACCUUGACUGAAGUUUUUUUGUAAUGGAAUGAAAAUAAAAAGGUCAAAAUCAUGAAUUUGAGGAAAUGUAAAUGGAGCAAUAUCAUACUUUGGCUUGAUGUCAAUAACAAACAUAUCUUUUUUUAAGAACAAAUAAUUAUAAGAUAUAGAGAGAAACAAUGAACAGUAAAAAUUACAGAGAUAAGAUCUACAAAUAAGAAUGCAUGACUCAAAUUGUCAUUGAACUUGUUGUAUUGCCCAUGAGUUAAUAAAACAGUAUUUGGUUUUAAAGUUGAUUUUUUUUUAUACUUUAUUUCUUUUACACAGUUGUAUUUAGGCAGAAAGAAUCUGUAG